CAACGCUUAGUGUACACACAUGAUCCAAUGAGCUAAGACAACUCGCCCAAGGACCCACACUUUUAUCACGUUUUCUUCCCCUUUCCUUCCGUUUUUGUCAAGCCCAUGGAUCACAGGUGCCGGAAGAGAGUGAGAGAAGCCAAAAAGAAAGCGAGACCAGAAUUAUGUUUAGAAAAGGGCGUGUGGACAAAACAUGACUACAAGAACAAGUUUGACUGCUCUAUAGACAUUGUUCCAGAUACAGUAGAACGCAUUCAUGCAAAUGAAGUUCCAACUGAAGAGUUCAUUGAGCGGUUUGAGAAACCUUACAAACCAGUUGUGAUUGAGGGAGUCACAGAUAACUGGAAGGCACGAUAUAAAUGGACCUUAGAGAGGCUAUACAAGAAGUACAGAAAUCAGAAAUUCAAGUGUGGAGAAGAUAAUGAAGGCUACAGUGUAAAGAUGAAGAUGAAGUAUUACAUUGAAUAUAUGAAGACAACAGAUGAUGAUAGUCCACUCUAUAUAUUUGAUAGCAGUUUUGGUGAGCAUGUCCGUCGUAAAAAGCUUCUAGAAGAUUAUGAUGUACCGAAAUAUUUUCGAGAUGAUUUAUUUAAGUAUGCUGGUGAAGAUAGACGCCCCCCUUAUCGCUGGUUUGUCAUGGGCCCUGCUCGUUCAGGGACGGGCAUUCAUAUAGACCCUUUAGGAACUAGUGCUUGGAAUACACUUCUCCGUGGUCACAAAAGAUGGUGCAUGUUUCCCACAGAUACUCCCAAGGAACUUAUUAAGGUGACUUCUGCAGAAGGAGGGAAGCAAGUAGAUGAAGCUAUAACAUGGUUCUCCAUUAUUUAUCCCCGUACGAAACUUCCAAGUUGGCCCGAGAAAUUUAAGCCGCUGGAGUUGGUGCAGCAUCCUGGUGAAACAGUAUUUGUGCCUGGAGGGUGGUGGCAUGUUGUCAUUAACCUUGACAAUACCAUUGCCAUCACUCAGAACUUUGCUUCAUGCACAAACUUCCCUGUUGUGUGGCACAAGACUGUGCGGGGCCGUCCAAAGCUUUCCAAAAAGUGGCUUCGAAUCUUAAGGGAGAAGAAGCCAGACCUAGCAGCUGUAGCAGAUUCAAUUGAUAUGAGCAAAAGCUGUGGAAUGGCAUCUGACUCCUCAUCAGAUUCCUCUUCAUCGUCUUCCUCAUCUUCUGAUGAAUCCUCAUCCUCUGAGAGUGUCUCAGACAGUGGGCAGGAGAGCUUACCAGAACAUAAAAAGAAGAGGAGGAAGACACACAACUCUCCUCCGAGGUCUUGAGGAAGCCAGUCCAGCAGCACUCUUGAAGAGGGUGCUGCUGCUUCCAACUCUCCACUCCCCUCUUUCCUUCCAACACCACCACCAAGGAAUGUUUCUCCAGCAUGUGUCAUGUCUGCUUGUAAUGCACAUUGGUUCUCACCUCGCAUUCUAGGCAUACAACAAAGACAUUGAUACGAUGAAUUCUCAGAGAGCAUGUAGGAUAUACAUAUAUAUUUAUAUUACGGUCCACAUUUUUUACUUUUUUAUUGUAUUACCCCAGAGCUUAUAUACCAUCGGAAUAAUGUAUACUAUGUAUUUGAUGAAAACUUUUAAGUGGAAGUAUUAGAACAGAAAAAAGGGUAAAAAUAUUUCCUGAAACACUGGAUGAUAGAUCAGAUGUUUUGAUUUAUAUGUCUUGAUUGCUUAUGUCAGCAAAAGAAAUAAAUCAUAAUAAAAAAAUAAUAAAAUACACAAAAUGGCAAAAAAAAAAAAAAAAAAA